CAAACCAUCUCUCUCUGUCAUCAAAUUGCAAAUCGGCCAUUGGAGAAACACCAUCAACCACCUCGAAGAAAGUGGGAAACUGACCAACCUCAUCUUCAUAUAUAUACACGCAAAUCAAGAUUCAAGAAGGUUCAUCCAUCCAUUGACGAUGCUUUCUAAUCCACAAAACCCAUCAUCUUUCUUGCUAGAAAGAAUCGCCACCACCACAACCGGCGGUUGCAACAAGCAAAUAUCACGGCCUUGUGCCACCAACAGGGUUCCUGACUCCGUUGCCCGAUACCACACCCAUGCAGUAGGUCAAAACCAGUGCUGUUCCGCCGUCAUCCAACAGAUUAACUCGCCGGUGUCCACCGUAUGGUCCGUCGUCCGGCGCUUCGACAACCCACAAGCUUAUAAACACUUUGUUAAAAGCUGCCAUGUUGUUGAUGGAAACGGAGACGUCGGAACCCUACGAGAAGUUCACGUCAUCUCCGGUCUCCCAGCCGCUAAGUCCACCGAACGCCUCGAGAUCCUUGACGACGAGCGCCAUGUUCUUAGUUUCAGCGUCGUCGGCGGUGAUCACCGUCUUGCUAACUACCGCUCCGUCACCACCCUCCACCCUACACCAACCGGAAAUGGUACAGUCGUCGUUGAGUCUUACGUCGUUGAUAUACCGCCGGGGAACACAAAGGAAGAAACUUUCGGUUUUGUUGACACCAUCGUAAAAUGCAACCUCCAGUCGUUAGCUAAGAUCGCUGAGAACAAAUUCCGGCCAAAAUGAUCGGAGAAUCAAGAUUGUCAACAUCCAUCUGAGAAUCAAGUACAGAAAAUCAUCUCCAAUCGAACACAAGAUCCAAAUGAGAAAUCCAACAACAACGAAGAACAAAUCUAUGGUGUAAAUUUUCAUCCUUGAACGUUUAUGUGAAUCUGUGUGGUUUGGAUUUUUCCUUUAUUUUUGAAGAUGUUUAAGAAAUUAAAGACGAUCUGUUUGAUUGGUAUAGGAAUGAUGAUCCAUGGCCCUCUUGUUCUUGCUGCAUUAUUUUUCCCCUUUGUUUUUUCGUAUUAAAUAAUGAGAUUAUGAUGUA